AGCAGACAGUUUUCCAAUAGCUGACACCAAAUGGUGGUCUCCAUUUGGACACGAAACACCUCCAUGUGGGAAUUGCAUCACCAAACAAUAUCCCAUGCUCUUGGCGUCUCAAACGGCCUUUGCCCUAUGCUCAGCUUACACGUCUUGCGGCCUCUCUUACGGCCGUGACCACCACCGCAUACACAUCGAAGUCACGACCGACUCUUGCGCUUCUGGAACAAACACGCAAACUCUACUUGACCUGCUUCCCGUCAUCAAUCUCCAUUCUUCUUUGGAAUGAAGAUGGCUUUGUCGCCAUCAGCCUCGUUGAAAUCUGAUGGGAAGUAAAGCAGUUAGAUCAGAAGCAAGGACGUGUAUUCAGCCUCUGUGGGGCCACUUGUUCACCUUGGAUCUGUGCCAUCUGUUUGUCCUUGUCGAGAUCGUCCCGGAGAAUGAACGUGUCAGCCCCCAGCCCUCCCAUCAUCGUGUCACCGAAAUCUCCAUCCAAGUCGAUGAUCAAGUCGUCGCCUGGCAGAAAGAGACACAGUUAUAAAAAGGGUCUGAGCGUCGCUCAGGUACCUGGGCCCCCUUUAACACGAUCGGUGCCGCUGUCGCCGGACAGAUUAUCAUCGCCCGGACCGCCAUCCUGCACCCACCAGUGCGAGAGAGCUCAGUGACCUGUGCGCUGCAGGUGAUCUGCUCCGGUCUGCCUCCUCACCAGAAGGUCAUUGCCACUGUCGGCAUUCAUGAAGUCCUUCCCCUCUCCACCAAACAGACGAUCGUCCUACAGACAGGACGGCCAAUAAGGAGGGAGACGUGCACCGCUGACAACCAUGUGGCUUACGCCAGACUGUCCAGUGACUUCGUCGUCGCCCGCUCCGCCUGAAUGGACAGAGUUGGGUGGACACAGAUUGCUUAGGAUGUAGACUGAGAAUGAGAAGCGCCUACCGUCGACUGUGUCUGCACCCUCCUGGCCCCGGAGGAUCUGAAUGUGUGUCAGCGAUACAUGCCCACACUUGACAGCCAAUACUCUCCUGGCUUACGUCAUUUCCCUCUCCUCCAAAUAUCGUAUCAUCGCCUUUUUUGCCUCUCACGAGAUCAUCCCCGCCCAGCGCAUACAUGGUGUCCCCUAAGUCUGUCCCCUCGAAUGCCUUGUUCCGGGGAUAACCGCCUUUGGAAGCUUCACCGUCAUCCCCAUCAGUCCCGACGAGGGGCGGCGCAGUGGUCACUCCCUGGAGAUGCCGAUGGAGCGACGGGCUGCAGCUGGACGGGAGCACCAAUGCCACCGCCACACCUGCAAUACACACCGCGAUAUCGUGAUCCCGAGGAGCAACUUAAGCUUUGUCGACGAUCAUUCUUACACAGCCAAAUCAGGUCAAAGCGCAUCUUUGCUCCAAGACUGUUGCCUUUGUGAUCACAAACAAGAAAGCGAAACAAGCUGGAGCCCAUAUACAUAUACGAUGGCCGUUGUGCA